GGUCCCUUUCUCCGUCUUACUAUUUUCGAAAAGGUGACACUGACGCAGAUUAUAUAACCAAACUAACGUAAUUCCUCUACGUACAGCUUCCAACACCCGGAAAAACCAGAGCUACAAUACUAUCCGCUACAAUGGCAUCCGGAAUUGUGAAAGAGGUCCUUCCACCAGUGCUUGGUUCUACUGCAGAACCGCCUCCGCUUUUUGAUGGAACUACAAGGUUGUAUAUAUCAUACACAUGCCCGUAUGCCCAGCGUGUGUGGGCCACCCGGAAUAUUAAGGGAUUGCAGGACACGAUACAAUUGGUUCCUAUUGAUCUGCAAAACAGGCCUGAUUGGUAUAAGGAGAAACUUUACCCACCUAAUAAGGUACCAUCAUUGGAACACAAUAAUGAAGUCCAAGGAGAGAGUCUUAAUCUGAUCAAAUAUAUAGACAGUCACUUUGAAGGGCCUUCACUUUUCCCUCUCGAUCCUGCUAAGAAAGAGUUUGCAGAAGAGUUGAUGUCCUCGUCUGACUCGUUCAACUCAGCUGUGUUUUCAUCAUUUAAAGGAGACGAGAAUAAAGCAUAUGCUGCAUUUGAUUUUGUCGAAACGGCUCUUUCCAAGUUUGAAGAUGGCCCCUUUUUCCUUGGUCAUCAGUUCAGUCUGGUGGAUAUAACCUAUGCUCCAUUUCUUGAAAGAUUUCAACACUUCUUAUUGGAUGUCAAGAAUUAUGACAUCACAGCAGGAAGGCCUAAACUGGCAGCUUUUAUUGAGGAGGUGUACAAAAUGGAGCCUUACAAACAAACUCGACGUGACCCAAAGGAGUAUAUUGGAAUUUUAAGGAAAAUGUUCUUGGAGUAACUCUGAAAAAUCAGUCCGUCAGAUUAAAAACUCUCUUCCGUUUUGUGCCUGUUGUGAUGGCUUUGGAGGACAUGUUUAGUUUCGAGUCUUGAAGCCAUGAAAAUUGACUUCGAAAACUUACAUGGAUUGUCCAUUAUGAUUAUCUAUGUCUCUGCACUUGAAAUAAUUAUGGUAACGAAAACGCGGCUGGCAUUACCAGAA